AUGAGCAUUCUGAGACUCCCUGUCGAGAUUGUUUCUCUCCUCGUUGAGCUACUUGAGCUGGACGAUGUCUUCAAUAUGGCAUUAACCUGCCGGUCUCUGAGCUGCAUCAUUUAUGAUAGACGAAUGUGUCGUCUCGCCCUCAUGAAGGCACCAUUUUCUGCCGAGGCUCAGGAGGCGCAGGCGACCAAGGACUUCCCGAGGGCGUUCCGCAAGUUAGCCAAAAGGCGAAUGGCUGUCCGGGCUGCCGAGCCGUGGACGGUUGCUAUAGUGGCCAUGGCAGAUCGUUUCAUCUAUACCAAUGGCCACCUGUGCUACACUGUUGAUAACAAGCAUCUGCGUGUCCUCAACACACUCCAGAAGACGCCUACGGCUGAGUUAAUAGUCGAUGUGCCGUUACUUCUUAGGCUUGCAGUGCGUGACUACAACCCUCUAAAACAACAUACUUUUGAACCGCUUCACUACGCGGAGGGCAUACUGUCAUGUCUCGCUACACAAGUCCUCGAAAAUUCCACAAUAUGCAGCUGGCUCGUCAUCUUCGAGCUAAGCGAAACUCCCAGAUGGGUCGUCGUACAAAGACCAGGCCCAAAACACCCUCUCUUUGUUCGUAACGACAAGAAUUAUCUCUUCUGGGGCUCUAAAUCCCACACCAGACUCGACGGGUCCUACAGCUGGGGUCUUCAUUGUCUGAAUCUCCAGACUCGUAAGUGGGCAGACUCACGGUUGAUUCUGUGGGACUUUGACGAAGCAGACAUAGGGUCAGACAUUUGCUUUGAAAUUAUCGAUGGCCAGUUUUACUGUGUCUCCAACACCUUGAAAACACAGACGGAUCACGGCACACGUAACAAUUUCUACAAAGUUGUGCGGUUUCCCGUAGAUAACGCGGCUCAUGAUACGUGCGAAAAGCCCCCGAUGCGUAAUCUCUGGCGCCGGCAUGAUUCAGAGGGAGCAGUAGAUGAACGCUGGACUUCACUGCAGCUCACGAAAGAUGAGGUUACAGGGAAACUCCUCAUCGUGGAAACUCGAAAGGAGUGGUUUCCCGGUAACGCAGGCAGUCAGAGGACUUGCUACAAAAAGGAGCUUCAGUUUGGCCAAGAGGAUGAUCAGUCUGAGCCUCUUCUUCCAACACCACCUGAUUCCACUGCGGAUAGUCCUAUCCAGGAGUGGGACAGCGAGAACCAUAUUGAGGAACGGCCGAGCGAGAGUGUUCACAUUGGAGAUGGCCCUACAGACCCAACAGCCUACACCCUUCAAGAAUGUUUCGUCCGCUCAUACAGUCCAUCCUGCAACACGUUCAUCGAUCUCGUUUCUGAGGCCUACAACCCACUCUCAGCACUGCAACUCAGAGUACGACCCAAAGAACAACUGCCGGCAGUCAAUAUCUGGCCACAAGACCAGGAUCCAUGCUGCCACGACGCUAUCUUAGAUCAGCUUCACGGUGUCGUCAAUCCUAUACAGCCGAUCAAGGGAAUCGACUGGUGUAUGGAUGGGCGGGUUCUUGUGUAUUCUCCAACACAUAUGGCAUCCGGGCAAUUGAGGCCCGUUAUACUUAUAUCGUUUGAUCCGGGACUUGCACUGCCCGGCUUCCCGAAUUACCAGUUACAUGAAGCAGACUUCAGAAAGGAAGCCGGCACACCUUCACAGGAGUUAUUUGGUGGUGCACCAACAGUUAUACAAUGGACAUCAAAUCAAGACAUCGAUGCCCAGAAACCCAAGGAAGAGGACUCAAGGACAUCUCACAAGUUUGUCAAACUGCGUCCAUCGCUUUACCAGACAAUGAAUAUGGGUAAUGGGGAUGCACAUGGCUUCGAUCUGUCAUACUCUAUUGCUUGA